AUGGGCUUCAAUGGCCCACAAUACUUGAUUCGCCUUGCUCACCAAGAUAUCUCCAAUAUGGAUCGUCUCGAGGUUGUAGAAGAGACAAAUAGGAGGAGCUCACAGGUCUCCGUAACAGAGACGACGACACGUGGAAUUCUGCGUCUUGCUCCGGCUCAAGAACCUCUUGCUGCUCAAGCUCCGGCUCUGGUAAUUCAAGCUUCGAGUCCCGGUCCAACUCUGUUUCCAGUUGAGACUAGAUAUUCUCACAACCACGGCCAAAGAAGCUAUACUAUGUGA